AUGACUCCCCCCGGUUCUGCUACCGAGAGAAGAACUGACGGUCUUACCGAGAAGGAGAUCGAAGAUCGGUUGCGCCCAAUCAAGUCUAUCAGGAACUACAGAAGGGGUGAUAGUGGUACCGAAGUACAACGGCUCGACUCUUUAUUCCUAUGCUGCCUCAUGGCUCCUGUCAACAUUAUGCAUGCCAUUGCAAUCGUUGACUUCAAGAGAGAGGUUCAGCAGAGAUAUGAGCCGCCCAUGACUGACCGUAUCAAUGAUACCCGAUAUCCACGAUGCCCAGAUGCACGGAUGGAUCUCAAAUCGGCAACUAUGAGGGAGUGUACACUCCUCCCUGAGAUUGUCAGGCAUGAGCGCGUGGUACCUACUGCCGAUGGCGGUGAAAAGCUCGAUUGUCCUACUCCUGCGCUGACGGUAUUCACGGAGUUCGUGGUCCGGAUGCUGGGGAAGUCUCUAGCUGAGCUUGGGCUCAUUGUGCGACUCCGUUUGAAGGCGUUAUUGGAUCAUGCAGAUUAUGACAACAAUGCGCCUGUAGAGAGGUGGGAAUUCAUCGGUGUCCUCAAGGACUGGAUACAAGGAUUUCCUAACCUACACGAUCAAAAAGUGCCUGAUGAUUCCACAAUUCUGAAGUAUUUCCCCUACAGGGAAUGGGCGGAUUUGAGAACAAAACGACCCGCCGUUCAGGAAAUGGGUGGGACUUAUCAGUUUCAGCAUGAGAUGGUGGCAUAUGACUUUGGGCGGCUGCAAUACAUUCCGGACUAUUUGCUAAGCCACAUUAUCGUUCAAGGUCGGAGUAAGGCAUUAACGUAUCAUGCGAUUCAAAACAAAGUUUGGACGAGGAUAUUCGAAUUAGUUUUUGAGCCGGGUAACCGAGAGAUUACGGCUUGUUAUGACGCGUGGAGGGAGCGUGCAUCAUCUGAAGAUGUAUCAGAUGCACGGUCAGGGUGCAACACUAUAUUCGAGCCGUUAUUUUCUCUUGAUCCGGGUGCCUACCAAGCCUACUGUGAGCGUGGCAGAGAUAACCCGGGGAAUGUGAUGGAGUCGUUGACGGGCUUCGUUUUGUGGGACUUGAAUGACGCAACGACGGUUUGGAUUCUCCUUCUGAUGGCUAUCAAGUGCUCUUGCAAAGAACUGAAUACUACGCUUCCCAAAGUUAUCCAGAGCAUUGUGGCCAUGGGGAAGGCAGCAUCAUCAGCGUCGAUGGGCUCUGAAGUGGCGUAUUCCUUACGAGAGCCAUCUUCAGGUCGUGAUAUAGGUCGCAUAGCGAUGAAAUUGCAUAAAAUUCAGAAGUUGACGCUUUGCACGGAUGUGCAGCUGAGCAAGAGAGGAGCGGGUGGAGGCGUCAAAGAGAGGUCGGCGGCUGUCUGUGUGAUAAGGGGAGCGGAAGAGGCCGUGAAGAAGGCGGAGGCGAUGUUGAAGGAGAUUAUAGAGUCGGGGAUGAGUAGCGCCCUCCAGCAAAAUGGUGUGGUUGCCGCUGGAGACUCCCCGACUGCUGCCGAGACCAAGUUCGUGGGUGCACGAGAUGCCCAGCCACGACUGAGGAACAAAACGCGAGGAGGUGCCUGGGGUGGAGGAGGAGCGGUGGCUGGCAAGGGUGCAUCAUCGUCCAAGUCGAGAGGUGGUGCUGUUGCGAAGGCUGUCAAAAAGGACUUUGUUUUUGACGAGUCGGAUUUCCCGGCCCUCCCCGGCAAACCGAAGGAAGAGAAGCCCGCAGAGAGUCUUCGCAAAGACUCGUCAAAGUAG